ACACACACGCACACAAUGGGGAUAACGCUAUAUGGAAAUUCAUGUUCACCAUGUACUAUGAAUCUUAUGGUAUUACUCACAGAAAAAGAGGUAGAAUACGAGAUGGUGACUGUGGAUUACUUAUCCAAUGAACACAAAAAGCCUCCUUAUAGUGACAUGAAUCCCUUCGGCCAGAUCCCAAUAUUUCAAGACGGUGAUCUCGUUCUUUUCGAAUCUAGAGCAAUCGCGGCAUAUAUAGCUGAAAAGUACAGGGAUAAGGGCACUCCUCUGUUAGGGAAUACUGUUGAGGAAGCUGCAAUGGUUAGGGUAUGGGUGGAUGUGGGAGCCAACCAUUUCGAGCCCGCAGCCAAUCCCAUCAUUUUGGAGCAAACAUCAAACUGGGACUAUGGGACUGAACUAAAUCAAGCAGUCGUCGAUGAAAACGUGAAGAAGCUGGAAAAGGUGUAUGAUGCAUAUGAGAUUCAGCUAUCGAAAACCAAGUACCUUGCUGGAGAUUUCUUUAGCUUGGCCGAUUUGCUCCAUAUUAAUCCAAUAGAUAAACUGACCUAUACUUCGGCUGGCUCCUUACUGGACGAUCGUCCACAUCUGAAGGCAUGGUGGGAUGAUAUUUGUAGUAGGCCUAGUUACUAGGAGAUUAUCAGCAGCAAUCACUUUUCAGUCUUCGCUAUGAAUCAUCAUCAUAGUACUACUUGUACUACUGCCAAGGUUUCUAUGUCUCUCUCUCUGUACUAGAAUAACUUGACAAUUAUGCAGGGAUAGUUGUCAUUGUGUUCUAAAGAUUUUGUUGUUCUAAAUUUGGUGAAACCUGAUUAAGUUUAUGCUAGCCUAUUUCUUAAUAAAUGUUGUGAAAGUUCAUAUUAUGUACG